UAAUAAUAGGGAAAUGAGUAGGGGAAAUAAAUUAUUUCCGAUUACGGAGCUAGCACUCGCGUAAACAUUACUUUUUGCCAAGGUUUGAGUAAAAAAUAGGGAUAUUUCGCAAGAGAAAUAUUAGUUUUCCUCGUCUGAAAUCCUGACCUAAUUAAUUUUUCAUCACCUUUCUGGAGCUAACUUCCUUUUAUAACUUUUAUUCAAUUUUUCAUGGAUGUUGAGUUCUGGAGAUAAUUACAGUGGUUAUUAGUUGAAAAUAAUUAGGAUAGUGUAUUUUUUUUCUAGAUAUCAAAAUGGAUAGGAAUACGAAAUUUCAAAAUCCUUUUCAAAGACCCAGCAUGAUUACGUCGGGUGCAGCGUUAUCAGCAAGUAAUUUUUUGCCUGAUCAAAAAACUUUGAAAGGAAUAUUAGCCGGUGGUAUAACUGGUGGCAUAGAAAUCUGUAUCACAUUUCCUACAGAAUAUGUUAAGACACAACUUCAACUAGAUGAACGUUCAGCCAAGCCACGUUAUAGGGGUAUUGGUGAUGUUGUUAGAAUUACAGUGAAAGACCAUGGUGUCAAAGGUCUUUACAGAGGAUUAAGUGUUUUGAUUUAUGGUUCUGUACCAAAGUCUGCUGUUAGAUUUGGAACUUUUGAAGCUCUGAAGAAACGCAGUGUAGAUGAAAAGGGUAAUCUUGGACCUGCAAAUCGUCUUCUUUGUGGGUUAGGAGCUGGAGUUGCUGAAGCGAUAUUUGCUGUGACCCCAAUGGAAACAGUUAAAGUCAAAUUUAUUAAUGAUCAGCAGUCAGCCAAUCCUAAAUUUAAAGGAUUUUUUCAUGGCGUUCGUGAAAUCAUUAGGAUGCAAGGAAUCGGUGGCGUUUAUCAGGGACUGACAGCCACUAUCAUGAAACAGGGCAGUAAUCAAGCAAUGAGGUUUUUUGUGAUGGAAUCCUUAAAAGAUUGGUAUAGGGGUGGAGAUCCUACAAAGCCCGUCAAUAAGUUGAUUGUUGGUUUAUUUGGAGCUGUUGCUGGAGCAGCUUCUGUCUUUGGAAAUACUCCUAUUGAUGUGGUCAAAACAAGAAUGCAGGGCUUGGAAGCUUCAAAAUAUAAGAAUACCUUUCAUUGUAUGUUUGAGAUAGCUAAGAAUGAAGGAUUCUUUGCAUUCUAUAAAGGCACAGUUCCGAGAUUGGGAAGAGUUUGUCUUGAUGUUGCCAUUACAUUCAUGAUCUACGACUCAUUUAUGGAUCUUUUUAACAAAAUCUGGAAAACUGAUUAAAUUUGAUUAACAUAUUCAAUUAUGUUUUUUCUUUAGAUUGUAUAGUUUAUAAUUAUAGUUUUAUAUAUUUGAAAAGUUUAUAAUUGCACAACCCCAGUGUUCAUAAGGUGUAAAUGUUUAAACGAAAUAGAUUGUAAAUUUUUUUAUUAAAAUUUAUCCGAAAUUUAUCAUUGCUUUUUAGGUUAAUCAAAGUUUUGUAACAUAUGUUUGUAUUCUCACAUGUUGAUAUGUAUUUUGUUAAAUAAAUGCAAAUUUAGUUGUUA